AUGGCUUGCGAUGAUACAGAUGGUGUCAUGUCACCCCUGGAUCGGAACAUGCCCGAAAGUCUUCGGGUCAAAAUUACGAUGGUCGCAGAAACAAUCAUGAGUGUGAUAAUGCUGUCUGGUAAAGUAGCCCUGAUAACUGGGGCCUCUUCUGGCAUUGGAGCAGCCACCGCUGAGUAUUUUGCCAAAGAGGGUAUUGCAGGGUUAUGUAUCACAGGCAGGAACGAAGAAGCUUUAGUGGAAACAUCGCUGAAAUGCAGCGUACAUAUCGCACUAGAAAAUGUUCUCACAAUGACUGGAGAUGUUACAGACGAAGAUUUUUGCAAGAAUCUUGUGGAACAGACAAUUGCCAAGUUUCAAUCUCUUCACGUGUUAGUUAACUGUGCUGGUAUCCUUACAACUGGAAAGUUCGAAAGCACACAUCUUGCGGUUUACGACAAUGUUAUGAAUAUUAAUGCGCGUUCCAUUGUGGCCCUCACUCAAUUUGCUAUUCCUCAUUUGAAGAAACAUCCUGGAAAAGCAUCAAUCGUUAAUGUGUCCUCUGUCAAUGGAAUAAGGUCGUUUGCCAAUGUGGGUCCCUACUGUAUGUCCAAGGCUGCCCUGGAUAUGUUUACCCAGUGUCUAGCUCUAGAGUUGGCACCUGAUGUUCGGGUGAACUCUGUUAACCCCGGUGUGAUUCAAACUGAGGUCCACAAACGAGCAGGUAUGACGGAUGAAGCCUAUUCGGACUUUUUAAAGCACAGUCAGACAACCCAUGCUUUGGGGCGUCCGGGCCAGCCCGAUGAAGUUGCAAACGUUAUCGCUUUCUUAGCAAGUGAUCAAGCCAGUUUCAUGACUGGGAAUAUUACACCUAUUGACGGAGGCCGCCAUGCUAUGUGCCCGAGAUAA